AUCAGCGAGCUCGUUGUAGUUCCACACCAACAUCAUUCCUGUUGCUAUACAGCCCGUUUAUUCCUGAUUCCACGGUCAACGGGUCCGAUCCACAGCGGGCUGCGCCUCCUCCCUUUCGCUGCCCGCCGCCGAAUCUGGAUGCACCCAACUUGUCCGGUUCGGACCUCAGUUUCCUCCUGUCGCAUUUCUUCACUUGUUCUGCUUCCGCUUUCUUUCUUUCUUUUUUUUUUUUUUUGUUGCCACUCAACCUAGAUUUCCCAAUUGACGACGCGAUAAUGUAUUUUCUAGCAUCCCGAAGCGCGCGACACGCAACAGUUCCACUCUCGUGAGUGUUAAAAGGCUUGAGUGGGCACAUCGAAAGGGGGGGGGGGGGCAGAAAGCUGAAAUAUGCACUAUCCUGCUGAUGUUGUAUGGUAACGUGGCAAACUAUAAAGAGAGGUUGAUGAGCAUCUCCCGGAGCUGCUCGCAUCUCCGACAGGUGUGCGGCGGCGGGCACAGCGGAUCUAGCUGUUGCGCAAAGCGCGUUCGCAUUUAGGCAUCCCGGGUGCUUCUCCAACUACUUGGUGCGAAAACGCCGAGGAGCUUCUAACAUGUGGACCCGGGACGCAUGCCACAGAGAGCCCUAACCAUGAGGAGGAGCCGACUCCGCGCUAACAUGGGACUUCUCGUGCUUUUCAGAUGGCUCGUUUUCACAGCGGUGGCGCCUGCCUGGCUGCUCGCCGAUCCGAGCGGCAACCGCGAGCGUCCCUGCCUCCCGAGCUGUAGAUGUGAUGGGAAAAUAAUAUACUGUGAAUCCAACGCCUUCCGUGACGUGCCAAGCAAUGUGUCUGUCGGCACGCAGGGUCUCUCCCUGCGUUACAACAGCCUGAUGACCCUCAGCGCCCACCAGUUUGCCGGCCUGAGCCAACUGGUCUGGCUCUACCUCGACCACAAUUACAUCAGUGAAAUGGACGGCCAGGCCUUUCAUGGGAUACGAAGGCUCAAAGAACUGAUUCUCAGCUCGAAUAAAAUCACAAAAAUUAAAAACAACACUUUUCACGACGUUCCGAAUUUGCGUAAUCUAGACCUGUCCUACAAUAAGCUGCAGGUUCUGCAGCCUAAUCAGUUUGUGGGUCUAAGGAAACUACUCAGUUUACAUUUGAGGUCAAACUCGUUAAAAACGGUCCCGAUGAGGGUUUUCCUCGAUUGCCGCAACCUGGAGUUUCUUGAUAUCGGCUACAACAGGCUACGGAGCCUCACGCGUAACGCCUUUGCAGGACUCCUCAAACUCAACGAGCUUCAUCUGGAGCACAACCAGUUCUCAAAGGUGAACUUUGCUCAUUUCCCUCGCCUGACCAACCUGCGGGCGCUCUACUUGCAAUGGAACCGUAUUAAAUUGCUCACCCAGGGCCUUCCUUGGAUGUGGACCUCCUUGCAGAAACUGGACCUAUCUGGAAAUGAGCUCCAAGUGCUGGAACCGAGUACCUUUCAAUGCCUCCCUAAUCUUCAGACUCUCAACCUGGACUCCAACAAGCUCAGCAACGUGUCUCAGCAGACCGCGGAGGCUUGGAUUUCCCUCACCACCAUCAGCCUGGCUGGUAACCUGUGGUACUGCAACCCCAACGUAUGUCCGCUGGUGGCCUGGCUCAAGGCCUUCAAGGGUAACAAGGAGUCUGCCAUGAUCUGCGUUGGCCCCAAGGAGGCCCAGGGAGAGAAAGUAACAGACGUGGUGGAGACCUACAACAUCUGCACGGUGACACCGGCCCCCAACCCGUCCACGACAGCGCCUCUCGCCUCUUCGUUUAAACCUGAGCUGCCGCCUCUCCCCACGCAGUCCGUGGUAGAUGAGAGGCUCGUCUGGAACAGGACAGCCUCGCUCACUCCUUCCCCGGCCUCCCCCACCGCCCCUUUGCCGGUCACCGAGUACGUGUCCUUCCAUAAGAUCAUAGCGGGCAGCAUGGCCCUGCUCUUAUCCGUGGCUGUAAUUCUACUGGUCAUCUACGUCUCGUGGAAGCGCUAUCCCAGCAGCAUCAAACAGCUCCAGCAGCGCUCGGCGGUUAAAAAGCGGCAGAAAAACGCGCGGGAGACCGAGCGCUCCCUUAAUUCGCCGCUGCAAGAAUACUAUGUGGACUACAAGCCUUCACACUCAGAGACUAUGGAUGUGCUGGUUAAUGGGACAGGACCUUACACAUACACCAUCUCAGGCUCCAGGGAAUGCGAGAUACGGAGGCAGCCGAGUGCUCUGACGUUGUACAGGUAUGAGCAGUCGGCCCUGGAUCCCUGCCACUCCCACCUGUCGCUGCACCUCAACCGGGGCACGGAGCACCGGACCCGGGCGCCGGGAGGUCCGCGGCCAGCCAGGUCCCGCCCGGGAAUAAUGGCCCCCCCUCCCCUCAGAGACUGUGCUGCCUUGCCCCUAGACCCACUCCCACCACACCGGGAGGCUCCGUGUCCAACACUACUGUACGUCUGCAACACAGAAUCAAUGGACUGGUCAGUCGAACACAAAGCUAUGUCGGGAGGGACCUGGAACUGGUAAAAGAGGCCAAGGAGACAGAGCAUCCCAGGUCCAGAGUAAUGAAAAUGCAAAUAUACAUUUCUGUGGAAAUAAAAGGAGUGCAGUGGUAUUGAUUAGUGAGCUUCUGACCCCUCCUGAUCCCUCGAUGACCUCAAUUAGCAAAGGAGGCUGAGCAGCACCAUGACUUUUCACGUCCUGCUCUGCCUCUUGAGGAGUACUAAGGCAAAUAAUUUAAUGAUUUGUUAAUCUUAUUAAACAUAUUUCCUCUUCUGCUCCUCAUCUGGGCCCCUCUUAGCCGCGUCAGGUAAAGUAAUCAAAUGCCAAAUGCUAUUAACAGAGCAUAAUAAGCAAUCGAGUGGCUGAACAAAUGAAAGAUCAGCCAAGCUUAAAGGUUUUCUGCUGCUUUUUCUGAUCUCACUGUCAAUCAGAGCUCUCUCCCUAACUCACGUCCCCGUGGCCUUUUUUUUUUUUCAUCUCAAGAAAUUAGCCACUCAAACUAAAUUACCCAAGACGAGAGAAACAAGUCGGAAAAUAGCAGUAAUUGUCAUAUAAAAUGUACAGCUUACUCAUCUUGCCAGCAGUAAGCGUAAUUGAUACGCUUACUUUUGACUUCUGUUAUGCUUUGGGAUGUUGCUCAUGUUAUUAUUAAUUUAAUGAGAAAUAAACAGAUGAGAAAUAAACAGAUGAGAAAUAAACACCGGAUCUCGGCGCACUGGGAUGUUGGGAUAUUUACUUUUCCACAUCCAUUUAAAUAGCUCUAAGGGUUUUUAGUUUUUGAAAUGUGUCCUUCAACCGAUUAUCUGAUUGUGCACUCAUAUAUCUACAUGUGUGUGCUUUUUACAGAUGUUAUCUUAUAACAUGUGGUAAACAUACUGUGGUAAAUGACCAGGUUACAGUGUUAUUCAUCAGGAUCACAAACUGACCAACUGUCUGCCGUAUUCAAACAGUUGCGUAGGUGGUGAACACCGAAGAGCACAGCGCUUCAGGCGAGACUGAUUAAUACUUUUGUGAGUCAGUUUUUUCGCCUGGAGACCCUGGUGGUGACUUUCCGUUGUGACUGUGUGUGACCGUUAUAUAUCUGAAGUAUAUAUUCAACUCUUUCUCUCUCUCUCUCGGUCCCUCGAGGACUUGUAUGUUGAUUCUAGGAAAGGAAAACCUGUGUAUAAAACAAUGCCCAAUUAAGGUCCCUGGUAUUAAUAGACUGCAGCUCGGUGUUCUUCAUACACAAGUAGUGUGCCGUGAAACUGGGCAAAGCUAAAUGUGGUGUAAUUGGAACGUCUGUUGGAUGGGAAUUGACCGUUAGUUAAACAAUGACCCUGAACAGAAAUUGUCCAGUCACAGUUAAGCAACCAUGAAAAGGUGCUGCAGGCCUGUCGAGCCAAGUAAAUUGUCCCUGGUUUCCUGAUGCUGGAUCAGCGAGCUCGGCGGGCAGAACGCUAACCGGGGCUUACCGAGCGCUCAAUUCUAUUUUGCUGAGUGGCUUUUUACAAUAUUGAUCAAACUAAAUGCUCUUGAAAUAAAUGAAAUUGUCUUUAGAAAAUUAUAUAUUUAUUACAUUUUUGUUUUUAUUCUUUUUUUUUUUAUAGAAAUGUUAUACCCCUUGUACUUCCUUGUGAGGGAGGGCACGUUAUGUGUCCAGAGAUGUACAAUAUUCUGUCAUGUUUCAAGAUCAUCAUCAAACCUUUGUCCAUCUCCUGUCGUGCAAAAGCUGUAAUCUGACUAUUUCAAUGCUGAUUCUAUAAAAUCAGUCAUCCAACAUCAUUAUAACAAAUGAAUGACACAUUGAUUGUGUAGAACUGCACACUUGUAUGUCCGAUUUUCAAUGAUUCCUCAAUAACAGACAUUUUGUAAAUGCUCUGCCUGGUGUUCCUCUGUGAAGAAGAAAAAAUGGUCAGAGCAGAAGAUAUAUCUGCUUAUGACAACAUGACAGAUUCACGCUGCCGGAGGAUUAACUGCUUUGUAGCCGCACACACGGAACAGUUUAAUGACGCUGAUAGACUGCACAUACUGCACUCACUUCAAGUGUUCAGAAGAGCGUCGGAGGAGGAAGAGGAGGAGGAGGAGGAGGAGAAUCGGCACAGAGGAGAGUGGCAGAUGCGAAUGAAUAGCAUUCAGACGUAUGUGCUCACGUGCAUUUCCACUAACAGGCUAAUAGUUCGUAAUGCUUUAAUGAAUAUUUGCUUCUGCAGCAGUUCCGUUUCUUCAACUCAAUCCACAAAGCAAGAAAACCAUUUACCCGCACAGCACGUCAAUUGUGUGAAUAAGAAAUAUUUCUCUAUUCUAAAACUGUCAGAAUAGAGAAAGGCUGCCAUGUGAAACCUUGAAAGGAUUCAACCUGUGAUCAAAAGUCCUCAAAAAUAAAAAAACCACACAUAAUUGUUAAACUCAAUUCACAAGGUCAGUUAAAUAAUACUCUUAAAAGGGCCGCCGGGUCGAGGAAAACCCGCCUUGCUGCACCUUAUUGUGGCUGACUGACAGUUAUUAAUAUCCAACUCCAUCACAGGCUUAAUUUACAAAUGAAAAGUGUCACGCUAACGCCAAAUGAUUUUUAUGCUCUGUUAUCCCCUUGACAUUUCAUCUAUUUGGACAACAUAUUGGUCUUCCUGACAAUCUGUUGGCAGUUUUUUGGAAAGCAGAGACAAAAUAUUUUCUCCCUCUCUGGAGCUGUCAACAUGAGACAGGUGAUGUAACACAUAUUAUGUUUGCUUAAAUUCCUCUCAUUCUGUUUCAUUGAUUUCCUCAAGUGAUGUUAUUUGUGUGGGAUUGAGGAUGUCAUCAAGAGAGCUCUCUACAUUUACAAGACUUCUACAA